UAGGAGUUAGCUGGUCAGCAGCACAUCACCACCACCAUCUACGUUCCUUCUCAGCAACAACACUGCAGCCUUCCUGUUUUACACCCCAAGUCCAACCCAUUUAUUAUUACUAUUUAUUAAUAAUAUUAUUAUCAUAUGUUCAUCCACUAAUCACUAAUUUUUCAUUAUCUUCAUACAUACUAUUAUUAUUAGUCUCAUCAACCUGCAGUAUAUUCAUCCAUCAGGAUCUCAAGAAAAUUUGAUGAGAAGAAGUUGAUUGUUUUUAUGGGCAAUACAUGCCGUGGAUCUUUUGGAAUAAAAGACACACAGGGUUUGAAUAAGCCUGAAGACCGGUCAAUUUCCAACCAAAACAACCCUUCUUCUGAAUUAUCUAACAACUCUUUAGAUUACUCACCUACCACCUUAAUCUCUAACCAGCUUAUAGCCCAAGAGUUUUCCAAAGAUCCCCCUAAUCCGAAACCGCUACCUGUUCCAAAGAAAGAAAACGCCAUGAGCCGCCAUGGAACCUCGAAUCAAGCUUAUUAUGUUCUUGGUCAUAAGACUGAGAACAUUCGUGAUGUGUACACAUUGGGUCAAAAGUUAGGCCAAGGUCAAUUUGGUACUACAUAUCUGUGCACCGAGAUUGCAACUGGAGUAGAUUAUGCCUGUAAAUCUAUCUCUAAAAGGAAGUUGAUUUCGAAAGAGGAUUUGGAGGAUGUUAGGAGGGAAAUUCAGAUAAUGCAUCAUUUGGCAGGGCACAAGAAUAUCGUCACGAUUAAGGGUGCAUAUGAGGAUGCUUUGUAUGUGCAUAUAGUCAUGGAGCUUUGCAGUGGAGGAGAAUUGUUUGACAGGAUCAUUCAGAGGGGACAUUAUAGCGAAAGGAAGGCUGCCGAGUUGACAAAGAUUAUUGUUGGUGUAGUUGAGGCAUGCCACUCACUUGGGGUUAUGCAUCGGGAUUUGAAGCCCGAGAAUUUCUUGUUGGUUAAUAGAGACGAUGAUUUCUCCCUCAAGGCAAUUGAUUUUGGACUAUCUGUUUUCUUUAAACCAGGUCAAAUUUUCACUGAUGUUGUAGGCAGCCCAUAUUAUGUGGCUCCUGAGGUGCUUUUGAAGCAUUACGGUCCAGAAGCAGAUGUAUGGACUGCCGGGGUGAUACUUUACAUACUGCUCAGUGGUGUCCCGCCGUUUUGGGCUGAAACACAACAGGGGAUAUUUGAUGCAGUUUUGAAGGGAUACAUAGACUUCGAAUCAGACCCAUGGCCACUUAUAUCUGACAGUGCAAAGGAUCUUAUCCGGAAGAUGUUAUGCUCGCGACCUUCAGACCGUUUAACUGCUCAUGAAGUUCUAUGUCAUCCUUGGAUUUGUGAAAAUGGUGUUGCUCCUGAUAGAGCACUGGAUCCAGCCGUUCUUUCUCGUUUGAAGCAGUUCUCUGCAAUGAACAAGUUGAAGAAAAUGGCUUUGCGGGUUAUAGCUGAAAGCCUGUCAGAAGAGGAGAUUGCUGGUUUGAGAGAAAUGUUCAAGGCAAUGGAUACGGAUAAUAGUGGUGCAAUAACAUUCGAUGAACUCAAAGCAGGCUUAAGGAAGUUUGGUUCUACGUUAAAAGAUACAGAGAUACGAGACCUUAUGGAUGCGGCUGAUGUGGACAACAGUGGGACAAUUGAUUAUGGAGAAUUUGUAGCUGCAACGAUUCACCUGAACAAACUGGAAAGAGAGGAGCACCUUGUAGCCGCGUUUCAGUAUUUUGACAAGGAUGGAAGUGGUUAUAUAACGGUUGAUGAGCUUCAGCAAGCUUGUGCAGAUCACAACAUGACUGAUUUUCUUGUAGAAGAUAUCAUCAAAGAAGUUGACCAAGAUAACGAUGGGAGGAUUGAUUACGGGGAGUUUGUGGCCAUGAUGACCAAAGGAAAUGCUGGAGUUGGAAGGAGAACAAUGCGUAACAGUCUGAAUAUUAGUAUGAGAGAUGCACCAGGGGCGCUCUAGUAAAUCCCUUUCAAGUUUCACCAUUUCAUUUACAGAUUGUACAGCUGGAUGAGAGAGUAGGUGUGGCAAUUGAGGCUUCAAGGCCAUGAUUUAAAUGCUUGCCGCCUUUGGGCGGCCAUGGAUGCUUAAUGUAUGAGGAUAUGCUUUUGUUUUAUGUUGUAUUAUUUCAAAUGAUGUAAGAACUUAAUGAGUGCACAGUUUCUUGUUGUUAUUGUUCAAAUUCUUGCAAGUUGUACCUUUGUGACAACAUUUUUUUCUUGCUUAAUAGUUGAUACAACUAAACUUUAUGCA